UCUAAUUAUUCUUUUUGACACCAUCUACAAUUCAUGCAAUUCUGAAUUCUGAAAUCGUUUUAUUUAUUUUAAGAAUAAAAAAGUGAUGAUCAGAAAAGAAAAUUUUCAACAUGGCUUUAAAAAAGGUUAAGGGUAACUUUGAGAGAAUGUUUGAUAAAAAUCUUACCGAUUUAGUGCGUGGGAUAAGAAAUAACAAAGAUAAUGAGGCAAAAUAUAUAGCGCAAUGUAUGGAAGAAAUCAAAGUGGAAUUGCGGCAAGAUAACAUUGGGGUGAAAGCUAAUGCCGUCGCUAAGUUAACAUAUCUACAAAUGCUAGGAUAUGAUAUAUCUUGGGCAAUAUUUAACAUAAUAGAAGUGAUGAGUUCAAAUAAAUUUACUUUUAAAAGAAUUGGAUACUUAGCCGCAAGUCAAUCAUUCCAUGCUGAUUCAGAAUUGCUUAUGUUAACAACUAAUAUGAUAAGGAAAGAUCUUAACGCACAGAAUCAAUAUGAAGCUGGGCUUGCAUUGAGUGGACUUAGUUGUUUUAUAUCACACGAUUUGGCAAGGGACUUAGCAAAUGAUAUUAUGACAUUGAUGAGUUCAACAAAACCAUACCUUAGAAUGAAAGCAGUACUGAUGAUGUACAAGGUAUUUUUAAGAUAUCCAGAUGCACUGAGGCCAGCAUUUCCUAAACUAAAAGAGAAAUUAGAAGAUCCAGAUCCUGGUGUACAAUCAGCAGCAGUCAAUGUAGUGUGUGAAUUAGCAAGAAAAAAUCCAAAAAAUUAUUUAUCCUUAGCGCCUGUGUUCUUUAAACUUAUGACUACAUCUACAAAUAAUUGGAUGUUGAUAAAAAUAAUCAAACUGUUUGGUGCCUUAACCCCAUUAGAGCCUCGACUUGGCAAGAAACUGAUAGAACCAUUAACUAAUUUAAUACAUAGUACAUCGGCGAUGUCGUUGCUGUACGAGUGUAUAAACACGGUGAUCGCUGUGCUGAUCAGCAUCAGCAGCGGGAUGCCGGGCCACGCCGCCUCCGUGCAACUCUGUGUUCAGAAACUAAGAAUACUCAUAGAGGAUAGUGAUCAGAACUUAAAAUAUUUGGGUCUACUGGCCAUGUCUCGGAUACUCAAAUCUCACCCGAAGUCUGUACAAGCACACAAGGACUUAGUACUCGCUUGCCUCGACGAUAAAGAUGAAUCCAUAAGAUUAAGAGCAUUAGGACUUCUAUAUGGCAUGGUAUCGAAAAAGAACUUGAUGGAGAUAGUGAAAAAGCUGAUGGUGCACAUGGAGCGCGCGGAGGGCACGCUGUACCGAGACGAGCUGCUCACGCGCAUGAUCGAGAUCUGCGCGCAGAACAGCUACCAGCAUGUGGUCGACUUCGAGUGGUACAUCACCGUGCUCGCUGAGCUCACCGAGAUGGAGACCAGCGCUAAGCAUGGGUGCAUGAUAGCCGCGCAGCUGACGGAGGUGGGCGCGCGCGUGGCGGACGUGCGGCAGUUCGCGGCGCGCGAGUGCAGCGCGCUGUGCGCGCGCGCGGCCGCCGCGCCGCCCGGCCCCGCCUCGCGCGAGGUGCUGUACGCCGCUGCGUACGUGCUGUCCGAGUAUUGCACGGAGGAGUCAGUGAUGCGCGACUCCAUCCCGGCGGUGUUAGUAUGCGCACGUGCGCACGCGCACGGGUCGGGCGGCAUGCGCGCGCGGGCCGUGUGCGUGCACGCCGCGCUCAAGCUGCUGGCCAAGCUGCUGCUGCUGUACGAGCAGAGCGGGCGACGGGAGGAGGCGGUUAACAUUAUCCAAGAGACGCUAUCCGGUCUCAAGCCGCUACUCUGCAGCGAGGACAUGGAAGUCCAGGAGCGAGCUCACAACGCGACAGCAUUACUGUCGCUAGUACUAGCGCGAAUUGAUCCGGAUAGUUGCUUGCCCGAUAUCACUGUGAAGGACGCAGUUGUUACUGACACGCUCGUGCAGCAUGAGAGCAAUGGAAUAGAUGAAGAGGCCACUGUUGAAGAAUUACUCAAUGGCGAGAAGGCAUCGAGCAACUUUAGCGGCGGUAUGAUUGAGGAGUUGGCGAGCUUGUUCGAAGGCGAGCUGAAACCUGUCGCGCCUAAAGCGCAGAAGAAAGUGCCCAUGCCUGCCGAGCUGGAUCUCGAGCAGUGGCUGGCCCACUCGCGCUGGUCGUCGGAGAGCUCGAGCUCGGAGGACGAGGGCGCUGCGCUGUUCGCCGCGCCGCAGCCCGACGCGCGCCCCGUCACGCACCUCACGCCCGACGAGCUGCUCAUGCUCCGGGAAGCACGCAAGCAAGAACAAGCGAAUAACCCGCAUUAUCUUAAAGACGACUCGCCGCGCUCCUACCAGCAGGAUGACAUUCCCAUUGCGGAGAUUGCUCUGGAGGUGCCCUUACAAAUACAAUCAAAGAGAUCUGAUAAGUACUUAAUAUCGAGAGAAAGCUCCAAGAAGGCGAAGAAAGAGAAGCGGCCGUCGAAGAAACGGAAGAGCAAGACUGAAAGACAUUCCACUGAAUCUGAUAGCGAUGAGGGUUGGGAGUCCCGCACGCCGCGGCGUCCCGCGGUGGAGACGGGCGGCGAGCUGCCCGAGGGCGCGGCGCCGUCGGACGACGAGCCGCCGCCGCGCGACGACCCGCACCGCGCGCUGGACCUCGACCUCGACGUACCUCUACGUGAGGAGGAAAUGCUAGUGACCAGGGUAAAGCAGUACCCACAACCAGGAGGCGAAUUACUAGAAAGCGAUCUAAAGAAGAAAGACAAGAAAAAGAAGUCUUCCGACAAAAAAUCCACCGAAAAAACUACCAAGAAGAAGAAGUCUAAGUCGUCGAAACAUGACAAGGAGGAGAAUCUAAUUAUUCCAGAACUGAACACAAACAAUGCAACAGAGGAUUUACUUAUAAAUAGUAAUUUAAGUGACACAAAUGACGUCAAUAGCGGUGCCGCAGACAUAGAGCCGGAAAAACAGGUGAAAAAUAAGACUGAAAAACAUAAGAAGUCUAAGAAAGACGCGAAGGACAAGGAUUCAAAGAAAAAGAAAUCGAAGAAAGAUAAACACGAAACAAAAUUAGGGUAUGAGGAAGCGUUGGGGAUUUCUACGCCCAGUAAAGAAGUUAUAUAGUGCUUAGCAUAAUAUAAAGUACCUUUGAAUCCAUGUCACAUGCUGUCUCAGUGCAAUUGUUUAUUUGAACAAUUAGGUGUAUAAUUUCAUAUAUUUUAUAAGAAUUAUUUUAAUUCAUCUUAAAGGAAAAGUCCACUAAACGUAUAUUGAUAUAAAUGUUUAGACUUAUAUGUAUAAUCAUGUACAGUUAUGAAAGAUUAAUAAGAUUUAUUAAAAGCGAUUCGUUUACUUUUAAAUAAAGCUAAUUUCUUCAUGUU